ACAGGAAAAAUGAUCAAGAAACGAGCAUGCAAGUGCCCUCCCAACCUGCAAAAAGUAUGCAAACAUGCGCAAGUCACCGAUUGCAAGGAUGUCGCGGAAAUUAUAGAAGCUCUCACAUACCAGUCUCAAAGUUCAAAGAGAGGAUGUAAAUUAAAACCUCCGAAAUUUAAAACAAAACCAUUUUCGCCGCGUCAUUAUAAGGACACGUGUAUUCCAAUGGCACCGUCGAUGCAUACCAGGCUAAAAUACAUCGGACACUGCUCGCUUGAACCACACACAUCAAACGCUCGAGCAAAGAGAGCAUAUUCGAAAUUCGAUUUCGCAUCUACAUCCGAAGAAGAAGAAGAAGAUGGAGGGGUAUUAAAAAAGAAAUAUAAAAAGAAAGUGCGAUACGUUGAUCUAUUGCCCGGGGAUGUAUAUUUGCCUACGCCCGUUCCUGUAAUAAAACAUACAGCAUCUGAUAAAUCUAUCUUCAAUGUGCCGAGCCCUAAGACAAGCGGUGAAGUUAUUGCAGCACAAAAAGCCACCGCGAAGCCGGCCGAUUACAAACCACCUUUACCACCCAAGUCUGGCUUUGAAUUGUAUAAACCACAUAGCGGGAUAAUAGUUAAUAAGGACAAAUCGUUUGCACCUGAUGUUGUUCAUAUGCCUGGUCCGAGGAAAUCUGAAAGUGUUAAAAAAAAGAAAAGAAAGCCUUGUCAUAAAGGCGGGGUUUGCCUUAAAAAAUCGUGUAGCAAGAGGAAAUGCAAAAAAUAUGCCGCAAUGAGAAAAAGGAAAAUGUUAAGAAGAAGGUCUUGCUCGGACGUGCCGUAUACAACGCUGGGAGUUUCGGACGGCAAACCGCGAGCACGCGGAACGCAGAAACAUUUAGACGAUAAUGACUCUAUAUGCGGUCUCGAUGAGAUACCCAGACCUGAACAUGUGCAAAUACCAGCAAAUCUAAAACGUGGAACGCUACAAACCCACUCUCUAACGGUGCUGCCUUGUACAAAGGAGCGAAAAGCCGUUAUACACUAUGGUAUUCUGACCGGCUCAUUCAACAUGUACGACAACAAAUUCAGCGCUAGGUCGAAAGGAAGGCAGGCUCUUACAAUGAGCGUCAUGGCGUACUGCUUAGCUUUUCACUAUCAUCCAAAACAAUGGACUAUGAAAUUGUUGGAUAACUUAAUCGACGCCGGUGAUCAAUGGUACAUUCAAUGUUUAGACAAAGUACACGAUCAUUCAGCAGUGCAAGGAAUGUGUGAAGUACUGCCAUUUGGUAAAAAACAAACUUUAGUGCUUAACGGAAAGAGGAUGCAAGUUCUGCUCGGAGAGCCAGACAUCGUCGGCUAUACGAUGUCUUUGGAUCCCACCAUUUACAACCUUUGUAGAGGGCUCAAAGCUUUCUUCAAAAAUAAUCGUGCUGGUAUUCUAUUGACUAGGGUACUCAAAGUAGUAAUAUGGAAGGAUCGUAUUUGCUAUUACAUUUUCGAUCCUGCGGGUAGAGAUUCAAGAGCGUAUUCCAACUUUUCGAAUGGCUGCGCCGCCCUUGUCAAUGUCAAGGAUUUAGUAACAGUGGCUGAAGUUUUACUAGCUCGAAGCGUUCUGGAGGAUCAAAAAUUUGUAUUAUCACCUGUUAAAGUACUAAAGAUGGUAGAUGAGAAAUGUGACGAAGACUUUGACUCUGACAGAGAGUUGACACAGGCGGAAAAAGCUAUGAUGGGUUAUAGAAUCCUUACCGAAACUUGCGCUAUUGUAAAUGCUAACAUGCAUUUGGGUGAUAGAUGUUUCGAAGAUGCUAAGUACCGUCAAGCGUUACCGAUUGCUAUAGUUGCAAUGACUUAUGCUAAAAUAUCUCCGCCUAAUACAUGGUUUUCAAAGACCCUAGACAAGGUGUUGCGUUUAGGCAACAAACUGUACAUGGACUGUCUGCACCCUAAAGUAAUGAUAGAUAUGACGAUAGAUAAUAUACCAAACGAAAUCUUAGUUGGCCCAUACGCUUGCGAGAUUAUUAUUUACAGAGAGAGAGUUAAAGGACAAUUGUUUACGACAAAGGAAUGUUUGCUGAACAUUCGCACAGGUCUCGAAGAAUUCUUCAGUCAUGAAUAUAACAGUGGUAUUUUGGAGUUUAAUAACUAUUCUCUGGCCGUUUGGAGGCAGAAAGAGAUGUUUUAUAUGUUCGAUCCUUACCCACGCACUAAUGACGGAUCGAGGUCAGUAAAUGUCGGUAAGGCUUGUUGUCUGAUGCUGCUCAAUUCAGAUACCAUGGCUGCCUUGUUUACGAGGAACUGGGAUUACUUGCCCGCAACAACGCAGUUUUAUAUUCAUGCUUUCAAAGUGCUUAAAUUGAAGAAACAAGAUGUAAAGGCACAAAUCCUAUGCACCCUCAGCGAUGAACAGUUGCCAGGAGUCAAAAGGAAACGAAAAGUUCUGCCAGUGAGCAAAGCUCAAGGCAGGGAAACAUUUCACGACGUGUUGCCAAUCGAAGACCUGGAUGAGGCGCUCCCAACUGGGCCAAUAGUAGAUGAAGAGCGUAUGGGGGACAUUAUUUCUUUGGUAGAGAGCGUACAAGAAGACUAUCUACCACCUAUACCUCUGAGAUAUAAGAACUUGCCCCCCGAACAAUUGGCACCAAAAGUCGUGAACUUGGACUCGCCGACGGUGUCGGUGACUCAGGUGGUGCCACCGUGGCCCCGGCCGCGCGACAAGACAAACGAGCCGCCAGAGCCUGAUCCCGAUCCCGUGCCUACUCCACCACCCACGCCGCCACCGCUGCCGCCACCGGAAGGAGGCGAAGAAGAGGAGGAAGAAGACGACGAGGAAGAAGAUGAAGAUGCGGCUCAAAGAAAGAAAGAGGAAGAUGCAAGAAAGAAGGCAGAGGAAGAGGAGGCCCGCAAGAAGGCCGAAGAGCUUCCACCACCGCUGCCGCCACCGCCACCAUCGCCGCAGCCGGAGCCCGAAGUGCCGCUAGCACAGCCCAUAGAAAUAGUCGAGGACGAAGUCCAAACAAUGCCUCCGGCCAAUGUUGAUCGACGAAUUCUUCUCACGGAAGACGCAAUCUACCGUUCCAAAUUGCGAAAGCUCCGUAAAAAAAUGACCCUACCAUUGAUAGAAGCCGGCACAGAAACUGACGCAGAAGAAGAACUAGCAAAGCCGAAUAAUUUCAAGAGUUUGCCGGAUAACAGUCAAAUUAUAAGAGGAUCGUCGGCCAUUAGCGAGUCAGAUUCCGUAGACGUGUUGCCGUUCGCUGCGAUAAUGGCGAUAGUCACCUCCUACAAGUAUACAGUAAAUACCUGGACAGUCGGAUUGGUCAAUUUUGUAGUGGAGACCGCGAAGAAAUUGCAUAAAAACAAGAAAGAAAAGUUUCAGCUUGCGCCAGUUCAUGUCAUACCGAAAAUCGCUAUUGGUCAUCAGGCCUAUCAUGCUCACAUAGAUGUGGUAGGGGAAGGCGCCACAUGGCAGCUCGAAGAUGCUUUAUCGCGCAAGUUCUUGUCGAAGUACGACAGAGGAAUGAUCACAACCGUCACGUACAGCUGCGCUUUCUUAAAGAGAAAUAAUCUCUACUAUCUGUACGAUGGGAGCUCUUGUAAUGCAAUGGGCUUGAGGGAAGUCGAUAAUAGUAAAGGGAAAGCGUGUUUAAUGCGAUUCACCACACUACACGAUCUUGUGGCGAGGGUUUUGUAUAAUAAGGAUGGAAAUACCGAGGAGCAACAAUUCAUUCUGAGCAGAAUAAUAGUAAGAAGACUUCUCAUAGAACCGCGCUUGAAAUUGCCAGACGACUACGAUUUCUCCACAAUGGCACCUAAGAGUAAGAAGUCAAAGUUUUCGCUGGCCGAGGGAUCUAAAUCGUCUGAUAAGAAAAAAUCUAGCACCGUAAGCUCUGAGCCAAAAGCUGAACCAGUAGUCGGAUAUCAACUGAUGGGCGGUAUAUACAGGAUUGAAGGGACGACCGCGCUCAAGGAUAAAAAAAAUACUUCAGACGUAAAAGCCUGCCAUUUUGUCAGCUUGAUCGUUAUGUUAAUGGCGACGAUGCACCCGAUAAGAACUUGGGAUCACGUCAUGGUAGAUACGUGCAUUGAGAAAGGGCUCGAAAUACACGAAAAAGCAACAAACUUGACCGUUUGCGAGAAGAGAGUUAUCAAAAACAUUAUUUUAGAUGGCAAAUUCGUUAACGUUAAUAUUAAGAAAAUCGUCGUCGUCAAUGAAAAUCCAGAGAAAACAUUAGAACAGUAUUUGAGAGCGGUGUUGAGAAGGCUCCGUUAUGUUAUUAUUAGAUUCCCUUCAUGCAGCAUGGUUAUCUGCCAGACGGAGGGCUACUACCAUCUUUUCGAUCCCUACCCACCGCCUUCCGAAAACCCUGACCCUGAACUCGCGCAGGACCUAGAGAGAAAAAAGAGCAAAGAUUCUAGCGCCCCAGUGCCUCCCCAGCAGAAAGUUGGCUCCGUCGCUGGAUGGACUUUAUAUCGCUCGAUGGACGCUUUAAUUCGUAGAAUUAAAAAAGUCGUAAGCUCGCCGAACUCUCCAGAAUUUUAUAAUUUCGAACUAACCUCCAUAAAAACUGCUCCUCGGCAUUCUGCAUUGAAUUACCGACUCAGCCCGCUCUUUAAACCAGACGAAAACCCCAACAUGCCGUAUUUAAGAAAAAGAAGCAUUCGACCCAUCGUCGACGAGAAAAUGUAUUGGUUAAAUAUUGAAACGAUACCUUGGUCGCGCAUGAACUGUGUUAACGACCUGGGGCUGAGCCGAAAUACCCCUAAAACUAUGUGGAAAGAUUGGGAUAUCGAAUUCCCUGGAGAUCUAUACUCGCUCUGGGGCUCGCUUCAUCCAUCCGAUUCUAAAUUCGAGGGAAUUUAUCGCGGCAAACAAUACUUGGCGAUCUGCGUUGUUGCAUUGGUCAUGAGUAAAGCUUGCAACCUGAGCGCUUGGACUAGCAGCCUUUUGGAUGGAAUCGUCGAAGUGGGUGAUAAAUAUCAUCAGAAAUGUCAUUCGAAGUUUGGUAAAAAUCACGAAAUUGCUCUCGAGGAUUUAGAAACAAAGUUUGAUGAAAUGUAUCCCUAUUCAUUUUCAGUCAAAUUUGACAAAGUUAUAUUUGGUUUUGUAUAUAAUAUUUAUCCCGACAGGUUUAAUCUCAGUAAGGCUUUGGUUUAUUUCUUUGAGAAGAACACCCACGGUAUAUUGAUAAGUCCUGGAAAAAAUUUAUCCUUCGGUAAGGCGGGCAGCUCAUACUUUAUGUUUGAUUGUCAAAGUUACGGUGCUCCAGUCUUCAGUCCAAGUCAAGGAGCCUCUUAUAUUUUGAAAUGUGAAAGCCUCAACAGACUGAUUUAUUGUAUGGCGGUGACAUUGAAUAUAAGAAGGCAUGGGCAACAAUUUCAUUUAUACAGCGCAACUUUGACACUGAAUGAAAAAUCUAAAUAAAAAAUAAUAAAAUAAA